ACGAUUUAUUUUGCAUUUUCUGAUUCAGCGAUUCUUCAUGAAAUUUUCUUUCUCCGCUGUUCCACUUCUGUUUUUUAUGGGAAACUCUUAUGGAAGUUUAUCCUUUUGAUCGUGAUUAAAACAAGUAGAAUCUUAGGAGUGUUCGGUUUAUAAUCUCCUGCCUCUUCCAUCGGGAUUCUGCAGAAUGGCGACGAACGAAUUAUCACUGUGGUAUCACAGUAUCCCGCAGAUGACCAAAUACUGGUUCACGGGAUCCGUGGUGCUGCCUCUGCUCGGUCGUUUUGGCCUGAUCAAUCCGCAGUAUUUAUUCCUGGAUUUCGCAGCUACCUUCCGCCACUUUCAGUUAUGGCGACCCAUCACGGCGCUCUUCUAUUUCCCCAUAUCACCGCGCACGGGAUUCCAUUAUCUCCUCAAUUUGUAUUUUCUGUACAAUUAUUCUUCACAGUUAGAAUCAGGACACUUUGUUGGAAGACCAGCGGAUUAUCUGUUUAUGCUGAUAUUUAACUGGGCGUGCCUUGUUUUGAUCGGAUUAUUCGCUGAUCUUGGGUUUCUGAUGGAUCCGAUGGUGCUGAGUGUCCUGUACGUGUGGUGCCAGCUCAACCGCGACGUGAUCGUCAACUUCUGGUUCGGCACCCGCUUCAAGGCCCUGUACCUGCCCUGGGUGCUCUUCGGCUUCAACUUCAUCCUGGGCGCUGGUGGAGUGUUUGAUCUGCUGGGCAUCCUCGUCGGCCACCUGUACUACUUCCUGACCUUCAAGUACCCGCAGGAUAUGGGUGGUCCCAGUCUGAUCGGGACGCCGUCCUUCCUGUACCGCUGGUUCCCCAACACCCGGGUCAUGGGAGGAUUUGGAGCGCCGCCACCGGCGCGCCCACGGGCAGACGCCCCCGCCGAUGAUAAUAAUGCGGGCGCGGUGCCCCGGCCCCGGAAUUGGGGCGCUGGACGACGGUUGAACGACUGAAUGUCUUUGAUACAUGCGGCGAAUGCGGUUGUUGUUUUAUUCCUUUUUAUCUUGAGGGAUUUUGUGUUGUAAUUUGAUGGAGCGGCAGUUUAGUGAAUUACUCGUGUUACACAAGUCUAACGAUGCUGCACAUGCGUUUGCUGCUGUUAGGUAGCAGCAGCUGUUAAAUAUCUGUUCUAAUGGCGCUUAUCCACUGCGUUAUUAAUUUUUACUGAUUUAUUUAAAGUAUACGGUUCUAAAGAAAAUUCCAACUUACAGUUUGGAAAGAGAAUUGAAGAGACAAAAAAGAGUUAUGAGAAUAUCGUAUAAAGCA